AAUACUAAGUUUAGGGCAAAACGCCAUUGGAGUGGAGUGUAAAUAUGUCCUUUGGAUACCGGAUUUGUUUUUUAUAGGGCUUUUUUGAUAAUUAUAGAAUAGAAUAGGACGAUUGUUUUUGGUGAUAGGGUUUUUUCUACUUCAACAUUUAAAGGAUACAACAUGAAACUAAUCCAAAAUAUAGUGAUGAAUAAAUAACGAAUGCGAGGACUUGCACCCCCAUUACUUCUUAAGGUCAAACUGCAUCCGAUUAUUCUGCCAUUUACUCUGCUGUCGGCAGCAUAUCCUAAGGAAUAAUAUGGAAAAUUAUGAUUGUCAAAUGGGAAAAAUAUAAUAAUAUAUGUAAAUAUAUUGAGCGACACUUCGAGUACGGAUAACUCCAAAGAACCAAAGGCGGCGGCUCAAACUACAUAGUUUCGACGGUUAGUGAAAUAAAAGAAGAGUUCCCAAUAGAAUGACGACCACCAGUAUGUGCAAGAGGCUAUCCUCGGAAGCAGCACCCACUGGAAUAGCCACAGCGGUCUCACCAGCAAAGCCUCCAGAACACCCAUCCCAAUCCCAGGGCACAUCGGUUAUUUGCGAAGAAGUAUUUGACGAUGCCUGUUUUCCUUCAUCAGAGGAAAUUAACGAGUACGCCUCUCUGCUUGGAAUCGAUCAUCAUCGCGAACAACAUUUGCUUUAUCUCGCGAAGGAAGGAUUGAUGGCCGCAUUGCCAUUGGAUUGGAAAAUAUGCUACUCUGAGGAAAAAAAUGGUCACUACUAUCACAACACGCGCACCAAGGAGUCGCAAUGGGAUCAUCCCCUCGACGCCAUAUACCGCGAUUUGGUGAAUCAGGCGCGGGAAAGGGGAUUGGAACCCACUGCGGUGGGGGAAACCAUGCCAGUUGUUGACACCUCCGACGAUCUGUCGCAGUUGGACUCCGGAAUACGCAGUAUGCAGGGCAUCGAGGAUACGCCCUCCUCGCCCGCCCCCUUGCCCCUGAACAAUUUGAGGAAGUGGUCGAUGGCCAAUAAGGCCGGCUUUUUGGGUCCAAGUAUAUUGAGCGCAGGUAAAAAUCGAUUUUUGGACUCUGGCCCCAAGGAUUUCGGACGUUUCUAUCAGCUGGGUUGUGAUGUAACCAGGACCAAGCCUCAAAUCGCGAACAAGCAGCCUCCGAACAGUUCGCAAUGGAACGGAAAGCCCGAGGGCACUGAGGAGCACGACAUUUCGCUGGCAGAGCAGCGCAAAGGCGUUGGUGGUAAGGUGUCGAACACCAUAUCGAUGUUGCAGAAGGCCCACCGCCAGUCGGACGGCGAUGGGUACACCUCGCCCUCGGGAGUCAAGGGCAUUCUGCGCGACUCCAGCAUGACCGACAUAAACCGAAGACUGGAUCGUCUUGAGCCCACGUUCGAGGCGGAGGACAAAAAGAGUGUGCGAUUCAAUCUCGAUCAGGGACAGAUUGUGAGGAGAUCCCCGGAGGAAACCGCAUCUGCACCGAAGACUCCGGACCUUAAGUCUCCCGAAAACUCGGAGGAUGACGACGCGGACGACGUUCAGGUGGUAAUCGAGGACGAUGCCGAUGUCGAUGUCGAUGGCAAGGAGCAGACUGCUGACCCAGUGGCAGAGGACUAUCUACUGUGGAACGAGCAGGGUGGCGUCUACAACCUGAAUCCCUUUUUGUUGGACUCGUGCUCAUCGGUGCCCGGCGAACCAAACAGCAAGACGAACGACAGUGAGGCACCCAAAUUGUUCUACGACGACACGGACUCCGACUCGAAGGGCAGCUCGGUGCGCAGCUUUAUCAUCAACAAGUCGGAGCAGGAGUCGCAGUCCCUGCUGGCGGGCAACAGUGCCUGUGCCUUCGACUUGGAGGAGCUCGGCCGAAAGCACAGCUACGAACUGGAGCAGCUGCAGCUGAAGUCUGCGAUGUCGGGCAACUCGGAUGGCGCCGGCCAGGUGGGCCAAGUGGGCCAGGUGGAUGAGGCUCAACUGCAGAAGGACUGCGACACCGUGAGGCGGGAACACGAGGCCAAGUUGAAGCGAUUCCGGCACGAGUACGAUCUCCGUCUGACCUCGCACCAGCACAAGCUGGAGGAAGCCUUCGAGCUGCAGAUCGACAAGUAUCGCGCCCAACUGGAGCGCCAGCUGCAGAGCAAGCGCAGUCUGGUGGUCAGCGAGCACAAGGCGCGGAUCGACACCCUGCAAAGCAACCACGACGAAAUCCUCCGCGAGCUGGAGCGCGAGCUGCACAACGAGGAGCAAAUCGUACGGCGGGAGCAGGCCGCCCGGCUGGCCCAGCUCCGCGAGAAGCUGGCCAGGGAGCUGGACGCGGAGAAGCAGCGAUUGCGGGAGAAGGGCGAGGAAAGACUCUACGAGAAGGUGCGCGGCGAGAAGCGCCUGCUGGAGGACAAGUACCGCUGCCUCAAGGAGAAGUAUGUGCGCCUCAAGACGGACGUCAAGCUGUCCCUCGAGCGACGCAACCGUCGACGGGAGGCCCAGGUGCUGCCCCAGCACAGUCAGCAGCACAGUCAGCACAGCCACAACACGAACAAUAGCAGCAAAUCGAACACCGAGAUGGAGCGCUCCAUUUACUACAAGGCGUCGGCGCAAUCGGGGAAUAGCGAAAACCGCUCACUCAGCUACUCGGAUCAGGCCAUUGCCGGCGAGGUGAAGGUGAAGCCACCAGUGAAGGUGAAGCCAGCGGUGCCCCACAAGGGUAACCACCUGGCCAAGACGUACCACGCAUCGUGCAUCAGGCAGUUGCAGCUGCAGGACGACAACACCUCCAUUAGUCAGUCCGACACGACGCUGUCGAACACCUACAACAACGGACGCUACGGACCAUCGCCGUUCCUCAAGUCGGCCAGUGGUGUGCUGUCGGCGCGGAGCGACAAUGGCAACUCGGCCCGGGAGCUGGAUGCGGCGGCGGCGGCGGCGGCGCUGGAGAAGAAUAACAAUAGUAGCCAGGCGAAGGAGACGGGCAGGAUUGGGUUUUCGCGCACCAAGUCGGCGUCGACGUCACGUCUCAACUCGGAUACGGGCUACAAGGGGGAGCGAGCCUGCACUCCGGUGGAGAGCCUGCGACACCAGCUGCAGAAGCUGGAGGCUCUGGAGGAUCAGUUCCCCGAGAACACACUGGAGGCGCCCUACCAUCUGCGCUACCCGUUCACGGACAUCUCCAUUAAGCCGAAUGGCGUGGGCUCCGAGCUGGAGUUCUUUAAGCAUCGCAUCCAUCUGGAGCGGGACUCGGUGCGGCGGGCCAAGGAGUCGCUGAGGACACAGCGCACCAACUUUCGGCUGAGGCAGCGCGAGAUUGGCCAGCAGCGGAAGAGCACGGCGCUGUCGCCGCCGAAGCACUCCAUCGACCAGCUCAUCCAGGAGGAGAGGGAACUGACCGAGAUGGAGGUGAAUCUGCAUCGCACGCGCUCCUUGCUGGGCGAGAAGAUCAUCCGGCUGAGGCAUCUGGAGCAGAGCCUGCUGCGCAUCUACGAAAAGGAGAAGUCCAUUCUGGACGUGGGCGCCAUGGACGAUGCGGCCACGCUCAGCGAUCUCUCGUCGCACUCCAGUUCCGGCUUCAGCAGCACCGAACUGGCCAGUGCGGCGGAGUUCCACAAGAAGAAGGAGUACUACCAGCAGGAGUCGAACGAGUGCAUCGAGAACCUGGAGAUCCUCAAUGCCGAGAUCCGCGAAAUUCUCGACAUAUUUGGCCAAAAGCAGCACGAGUCCUCAUCGGGUGCAGGUGCAGGUGUAGGUGCAGUUGCGGGUGCGGGCAUGCCCAUGAUGUCGCCACGAGAUCUCGGCUGGUCGCAUGUGCUCAAGCAUCAGCACUCCGCUGGAUCUGUCCAGCUCCAGACCAACAGUGCCGCACCGGUGCACUUCACCAUGGCGGAUGAGCUUGAGGUAGGCAAUGGCUUGGGUGGGGCACAUGCCAUCCACAUGCCCCACUCGAUACCCACGCUGGCGGAUCGCUUGGAGACCUACCGCCAGUUGGCAGCCGGCCGGAUGCAGAGCUCCAUGGGUGCGGCCAUCCUUACGGCCAACACCAUCGUGUCGCAGAGUCCGCGUGCCGUGAACUACACCACCUGUUUGGUGGAACGCACCCGGGAUCUGCGCAACUGGCUGCGCCAGGCCAAGAACGAGCAUGACUUCCUGGUGAACAUGGGCAUUCAGCACGGACAGCACGGACCGAGCGGACCGAUCGGACAGGGCGGACAGGGUGGACAGGGUGGACAGACGUCGGUGGCCGGAAUCGGAGAGCCUGGCCAGCCGCUGGUGGCCAGUGCCAGUGCCAGUGGUAGUGGUAGUGGUAGUGGAAGUGGAAGUGCCAACGCCAGUGCAUCCACCACAAUCAACUCGUCUACUGCUACUGUAGGCAGUUCCGCUCGCGGAAAACACGAUAUCUAAAUCUUAAAGCAAAGCAUGGGGUAGUACAUACAUAUUUGAAUUCAUAAAUACUCAUAGUUACUAUUUGUGAUCUUUUGUUUGUCUGGUAAAACUUAAUUAAAACUAAGAAAAUCA